AUGAAGAAGAAGCAGCACAAAGAGCAUUCGAAAAGCUCGAAGAAACACCGCAGUAAGGAAAAGAAGCGCCAUCGCAGUCGUUCGACGUCAACGAGUCGAUCCAGCACAUAUUCACCGGUUCCCCGAAAAUCUGAGAGAAGGAAGCACCGGAAGAGGAAGCGACAGAUAAUACAUCGUAAAAAGGACACGAAGAAGCACAAAAAGAAAACAAAGCAUCGCGCCGGAGACGGAGAGCCCCGCUCCCGAUCUAAACCAAAAGAGGAAACUCCAAUCCCAGAAGACAAGGGUUAUGAUACCGACGCUUCGUUCGACAAAUACGUGGAUGAUGGAAGAAUUUUGGUGAAGAAGGCUUUUGCUCUCCUCCCUUCGUCGAUCUAUGAGCCUCUCGUUCCGGUGGAGCUUAAGGGAUACGGAAAAUCUGAGAUCCUCACCCUUGCCAUGAGAGCCAUACAGGAAAUCCCGCAAUCAGACUUGGCAUCUAUGCUCAAAGCUGGAGAACAAACGGCCGGGAAAAUUUUCAACUCUACACGACCCGCAAGAACCAAUAAAGCCCCUCCACAAGCCGCCGGACGCCCUGUUGAUGAAGUCGAGCUGCCAGUCGAUCUCGAUAUGGAGCCGGGAGAACUUGCCGAU